GCGACAUUUUAAAGCAUUAUAGACUGCAUCAUGGGACCUUUGGACACAGCCAUGCCUUGCCUUGUAUUCAUAUAGAUUGCCCAUGAUCAUUUAAAUCCUGGAGUUCCUUCCGCUCUCACCUCUCAAGAUACCACCCAGAAGCUAAAUUCUUUAACUCACCACAAACAUGGAGCAAACUGUGAGAUUCCGGGUCCUCAUCGAUCAUGAAAUCAAGAAACUCACUCUCAGCAGUGGCAUACCCUCAACUGUGGACGAGUUGGUUGCAGCUGUCAAAGAAAAUUUUUCCAUCCCCACAGAUAUAAGUCUUCAAUACAAAGAUGAAGAAUUUGAUGACUUCUUUACCCUAACAUCUACCAAUGAGCUGAAAGAUAAAUGCACACUUAAAGUUAUGUAUGCACCGCUGAAUUUGACGCUGACAGUUGUUCCCCAGGAAAGCACCCCUGAUGCCUCUGAUGUCAGCUCUUUAUGUGAGAGUACGAGUCUCAGUGAGAACUCAGUGGAUACCGUCAUUCUGAGUCCCUCCCCCUCUGAAAGGUAGAGCCCAUGGCCUGCUGUGUUUCCCAUUCCAACCUUCUCACACAACACUGAACUGGCCUUAAGGCAAGGAUACGAGAUUUAUUUAAGAGAUGGCACCCCAAUGACAUCACCAAGUGUCAAAUCAGACAUCUUGGAGAGCCAGGCAGAGGCCAUGUUUUCCAACACUGCUUACCCCAAUGAUGCCCAGAGAUGUGCAGUGGCAGAGGCACUAGUUGCAAAGCAUCCCUGCUUAAAGGAGCCUGGAUCUUUUAAUGGAAUUUAUGGGUGGCAGCAAAGCCUAAAGUAUAAGUGUGGAAACUACCGGGCAAAACGGAAAGCACUUGGAAGCCCUGAACUCAUGAUAAACUCACUGAGAAACAAGUCAAAUGAAGAGCGAAAAGCUGCUAAAAAUGUCAAGAAACCAAAGAGGGCAGAGGUGAAUUACUUGCCCUCACACCCACAUGGUGAAACAGAUGACACCCUUGAGAAUCUAAGACUUGACCUAAUUGCUGCCCAUCAGUCAAAGGACUCUGCCAGGAGCACAAAUGAUAUGAUGGCCAGGACAUACAGCUGGAGAAGACAGGAUGUGGUUGCCAAGUCUCCUGGUGUGGCAGAAUUUAAGGAAAGAUGGCCUGCCCUCUUCGGACCAUUCCAGGUAAGCGAGGAAUUCCGAAGAUGUACUGCGGUUCCCCUGGAAGCAACGUUUAUGUCACAGCUAGACAAGCACACCCCAAAGCUCCUAGAGCUCUUUAGUGCCAAGGGAGGAGCAACUGGUCAACGCAUCAAUAACUUGUUGAUGGAACUGAUACAGGACCCAAGUGCCACUGCAGUGAAGAAGAGAGAUGUCACUCUGAGAUGCCUCUUUGAGUAUAUGGGAGAGAGUGGACAGGAGCUCAUCUUUGAUUACUGUGGAGCUGCAGAGACCACUGUUCACGAGGACCUGAAAAUGAAGAAUAUGAGCAUAUAUAUGUCUGUUGUGAGCCAGAUGCAGUAGGAAUCAUCAUUGAGGGAAUACCAGUCCUUACCAUUCUUGGAAAUCUGGCCAAAGCAUGCUGCUUCCUGCUUGGGUUGACAUAUGCACUUAAUCUUGAGUAUCCAUCCAAGCUUUCCAAAACAUUUGAGGUGUUUCAAAGACUUUUUGUGGGACUUGACACGCUGCGUCCAAAACCAAGCCCGAAGUUGUUUUUCAGGGCCCAAGCCCUGAAAAACAAGCUCCUUGCCUAGGCACUCAGACAUAACUCUAGUGAACAGCUGUUUUCUUUGUCUGUUUUCUGUUUUUCUUUGUCUGUUCAACAUGGUUAUACAUCGGACAUAACGUUGAAUCUUUCAGGAUGUUGUUAUGGUUUGUCCUUGUCAUGUUUUAUGCUAUGCUGCAGGUCAUAAUUUCUGGUGUGAAAAAAACGUUUUAUUUUAUACACACAAAAAAUAGACCUGCUGUGAAGCUGCACUUUAAAAACUGGUCAGUAGGUGAGAUCAGUGAGUUUGACUAAAGAUGUUUCAAAAUAUUCACACACACUGUGAAGGUAUUAUGCUAAGUUGAGGUCAGAUGCUCAUGUUUUUGACCUGUAAUGUUAGUGUUAAAAUUUUUCAAUAUUAUGUACACACUGUACUGUAAAGGUGUUUUACAAACCUGAAAUUUACAAGCUGAGGUCAUGCUUUGUUUAAUGCAUGAAAACAGAUGUUCUUGAUUGUACUGUCAGGCUCAUUGCUACCGUUUGAAAAAGGCAUGUGAAUUGUUACAAAAGUGCCUGUUAACUUGAUAUUAAAAUGUUUUAAUAUUAUGUACACACAGUAAAAAAACUAUACUGUGAAGGUGUUCUUUUAACCUGCACUUUAUAAUCUGAGGUCAAGCUUUACAGAUGUUAUUGAUUGUUAACACUGUCCAGCUCAUUUUGAAUAUGGCUUGUGUAUUGUUAAAAAAGUGCCUGACUUCAUUUUAAAAUGUUAUAACAUACAGUGAAAAACUGUACUUUGAAGGUGUUCCACACUAGCCUGCACUUUAUUU